AUGUCUGUAGCCGAGUAUGAGGCUAAGUUUACCGAGUUUGGCAGAUUUGCUCCUCAUAUGGUUGACGUGGAUUACAAGAAGGCUCGGAAGUUUGAAGGGGGAUUAGACUUGGGCGUGUUUGAUCGAGUGGGAGUUCUAAAGUUGCCUACAUAUGUGGAAGUACUUGAUAGAGCAAUGAUGGUAGAGGCCAUUUUAGCAACAAAGAAACAAGCCCCAGCUCCAAUAACUGAAUGGAAGGGUAACAGAUCUGGAUUUAAUUUCAAAAAGGGCAAUUCAUUUACAAAAAGACAGAAUACAGGAUUCUCUAGUAGCUCUAGUCAAAAUAGUGGAUCCAUUCCAAACUGUCCCGAUUGUGGAAGAAAGCAUAAAGGCACAUGUUACUGUGCAUCAUGUGCUCAUUUUCGGUGUGGCAAGACUGGCCACCUGGUUAGAGAUUGUCCACUGAGAUCCGACAAUGCCAACCGUCCUGCAGCAAGUUUGGCCGGGUCUAUUUCUGUGGCAAGAACAAAUGAAAGAGCUAAUGCUAGGGGUAACACGGGAAAUGAGACGUUAAGACAGAGGAGAGUGUUCGCAUUACAACCUGGGGAUGUACAAAACACCGAGUCUGUAGUGUCAGCUAGCAAGUUGUUAAGAAAAAGGUGUCGGGGCUACUUGUGUUCUGUGUUGGAUGAAACUUCUGAUAGUCCUAAUGUGGAACCCAUCCCUGUUGUUUGUGAAUUUCUUGAUGUGUUUCCGAAUGACUUACCUGGGGAUUUAAUUGAUAAAGAGAUUGAAUUCACGAUUGAUGUGAUAUCUGGAACACAACCAAUUUCAAAAACCCCUUAUAGAAUGUCAACUUCUGAACUUAAAGAGUUGAAAGUACAACUCCAACAAAUCUUAGACAAGAAAUUUAUCCGCCUAAGCACUUCACCAUGGGGUGCUCUUGUGUUGUUCGUCAAAAAGAAAGACGGGUCUUUGAGGUUGUGUAUUGACUACGGUAAGUUGAACAAAGUGACUGUAAAGAACAAAUACCCAUUGCCCCGAAUAGAUGAUCUAUUUAACAAACUUCAAGGAGCACAAGUGUUCUCCAAGAUAGACUUUAGAUCUGGGUAUUACCAGUUAAAAGUCAAGGGAGAAGAUGUAGAGAAAACUGCAUUCAAAACUAGAUACAGACACUAUGAAUUCUUAGUAAUGCCAUUUGGGGUAACAAAUGCACCUGUGGCUUUUAUAGACCUAAUGAGUAGGGUUUUCAAACAAUUCCUUGAUGAGUUUAUUGUUGUCAUGGCAUUUUUGGGACAUGUGAUUGACAAGGAUGGUAUAUCAGUGGAUCCACAGAAAAUUGAAGCCAUUGUAGAUUGGCCAAGGCUAACCAAUGUGUCUAAAGAAUCAGCUUUCCAAGAACUGAAGACUAGAUUGGUAACAGCACCAAUUCUGACAUUGCCCAACAGAACUGUUGGGUUUUAG